ACGAUUUGCGUAAGUUUCAGUCUGUUGGAGCUGAACCCCCACUACUCUGCCUACUCCGCCGCCAAUCUCUCUGCUCAUCGCACCGCCCAUGCUGCAGCUUAACCGUCGCCGACGACGACCCCAUCCAGGCAUUCCCUCUCCCGACCUCCCUCUGUCCCCAUGGCCGACGAGGGCGGCCCCUCCAAUGCCGCCACUGCAUAGAUCCACCAGUCGCGGAGGUGCUUCGAGCGGCGCCCCGUCCAAGAUCCGGCGGCGGUCGGCUCCUCGAUCCGCCGCCCGCCCGAAAUCCGGGGGCGAGCUUCGAGUUGCGCCCCGUCCAAGAUCUGGCGGCGUGAGGCUGUUGGAGCCACAUUUUUAGCAUCACCGGAUGGGGGCAUGGGGCUUCUCUUGGAGCUGCUCUAAGCAUCCUUUUAGGAAAGCAAAACGAAAAUUACUCAGAGUGCUUUUGUAGUAACCGCAUAGCUAGCGCCGCUAGCUUUCUUCCACCCAAAGCACGGCGGCUUACGGUGUGUCUGCAGCCAUGGAGAUCGCCAUGGGGGCUAUCGGCCCUCUCAUCCCGAAGCUCGGCAACCUGCUUGUUGGUGAGUUCAACCUCGAGAAGCGCGUGAGGAAAGGCAUCGAGUCUCUUGUGACAGAGCUAACGCUGAUGCAUGCUGCCCUAUGCAAGGUGGCGAAAGUGCCGCCGGAGCAGCUCGACAUGGGGGUCAAGAUUUGGGCAGGAAAUGUCAAGGAAUUGUCCUACCAAAUGGAGGACAUUGUUGACACCUUCAUGGUGUUUGUCGAGGAUGGUGAUGAGCCUGCCAACCCGAAGAACAGGGUCAAGAAGUUGCUCAAGAAGGUAACCAAAUUAUUAAAAAAGGGCAGGGUUCUGCAUCGGAUCUCUGAUGCCCUUGAAGAAGCGGUUGGUCAAGCAAAGCAGUUGGCUGAGUUGCGGCAAAGGUAUGAGCACGCGAUGGGCGACAGUAGCGUUGCUGCUAGUGUUGACCCUCGCGUGAUGGCUCUGUACACAGAUGUGGCAGAGCUUGUUGGGAUUGAAGAUACACGGGACGAGCUGAUCAACAUGUUGAUAAAGGAUGAUGAUUGGUUGAAGCAUCCCUUGAAGACAGUCUCUAUUGUUGGAUUUGGUGGAUUAGGUAAGACGACUCUUGCCAAAGCAGCGUAUGACAAGGUGAAAGUGCAAUUUGAUUGUGGUGCUUUUGUUUCGGUUUCUCAGAAUCCCAAUAUGGAGAAAGUCUUGAAAGAUGUUCUCUUUGAACUUAACAAGAAAAAGUAUGCAAAGAUCUAUAAUGCAGCAAGGGGAGAAAAGCAACUCAUCGACGAGCUCAUUGAAUUCCUUAAUGACAAAAGGUAUCUCAUCGUAAUUGAUGACAUAUGGGAUAAGAAGGCAUGGGAAUUAAUCAAGUGUGCAUUUUCCAAGAACAAUCUUGGAAGUCGACUAAUCACGACGACCCGCAUUGUCAGUGUGUCUGAAGCAUGUUGUUCUUCUAGUGAUGAUAUCUACAGAAUGAAACCUCUUUCUGAUGAUUACUCAAGAAGGCUCUUCUAUAAAAGAAUAUUUUCUCAUGAGGAAAGUUGUCCUCCUGAAUUGGUACAAGUAUCCCAAGAUAUCUUGAAGAAAUGCGACGGGAUACCGUUAGCCAUUAUUACUAUAUCAGGUCUUCUGACUAGUAAUUGUCAGGUAAAAACAAAGGAUCAAUGGUAUCGUUUACUCAAUUCCAUUGGUCGUGGACUUGCAGAAGAUCACAGUGUAGAGGAGAUGAAGAAGAUAUUAUUAUAUAGCUACUAUGAUCUACCUUUUUAUCUGAAGCCUUGUUUAUUGUAUCUAAGUAUCUUUCCAGAGGACUACAAGGUUAGGAGUUGUGAGUUGAUAUGGAGGUGGAUAGCAGAAGGCUUUGUUUAUAGUGAAAGGCAAGAGACUAGCUUAUAUGAGCUUGGAGAGUAUUAUCUCAAUGAGCUUAUUAAUAGAAGCUUGAUCCAGCUAGUGGGCAUGAAUGAUAAAGGAGGGGUAACAACUUGUCGUGUCCAUGAUAUGGUGCUCGAUCUCCUAUGUUCCUUGUCAAGUGAAGAAAACUUUGUCACAAUAUUGGAUGGUACAGAGAGAAAAGUGCCAUACUUACAAGGCAAGGUUCGCAGAUUAUCCAUCCAAAAGAGCAAGGUAGACGCGGCUACCAUCAGCAUUUCACAAGUCAGGUCUCUUAUUGACUUCACAGAAGAUACCAUUAACAAAGUGUUGCUUACUUCGAGCUUUCAAGUUCUGCGGGUGUUGGAUUUAGAAGAUUGUACUAUUUCAGAUAUUGGGCACUUCCAGAAUUUGGUACACUUGAGAUACCUAGGUCUAAAAGGUACAUGUGUCACGGAGCUCCCGAUGGGAAUAGGAAAGCUAAGAUUUUUGCAAACCUUGGACCUGAGAAAGACUGGUAUAAAACAAUUGCCAACAAGUAUUGUUUUGCUAAGCCAUCUGAUGUGUCUGUAUGUUCACGGGGAUAUAAAGCUACCCUCUGGGAUGGAUAAGCUAACGUCCCUAGAAGUGAUAGAAGGACCGCUGAUUGGUAAGUCUCAUGACAUUUUUAAUAUAGACAUUGUGAAAGAACUGAGCUAUUUUACCAAGCUGAGGGUGCUCCGUUGUACUUGCAAAUUUAUGGAUGAUAGCCUCAAUAAAACCUUGGUGGAAUCCCUUGGUAGUCUGCACAAAUUGGAAUGCCUAAAUAUAUCUGGCCACUAUGGACCUGUCCAUCUUGUGCUGGAAGGCUGGGUGCCCCCUCCACAGCUCCGUGUAUCAUAUUUCAGCUGGUUACCAACAGUGCCGGCAUGGAUUAAUCCCUCGUCACUUCCUCUCAUCUCAAGCCUGACACUACUGGUAAAGAAAGUGCGACCGGAAGACAUUCGGCUCCUUGGGAUGUUGCCAGCCCUCCGCUAUCUCCGUCUAAUGGGUGACCCUACAUUACCUGUUAGCGCGGAUACAGUGGAAACUUCUGUUAUCACUGCUGAUGCAUUCCCAUGUUUAACCGUCUGCCUCUUCUUCCGCGUUGCGGCGGUGCCAUCUAUAUUUCCACGAGGAGCUGCGCUAAAACUUAAACUCCUUCGCUUUGCCUUCCCGGCUAUAAGGAUGGCUCGCGGCAACAUUGAUUUUGGCAUGGGUCACCUUCCUUCCCUGGAGAAGGUUGAGGUUGAAAUUUUGAGCGUGGGAGGCAGAUGUAAGAUGACAGAGGAAGCGAUAGCUGCACUGAGGGCCGCAGUGGCCGACCAUCCCAACCAUCCCGCCAUCCGUUUCUCUUGAACCAGAGGGAAAGGUGCAGGGCUCGAUUCAUGAAAUCCUGCAAUCAGGUAGCACUAGCAGGAGCUAAGAAAUUUCAUGGACAUGGCGCGGGCGCAUAUAGUGUGUAAGUCUCUUAACUCCUCUGGUGCUUCCGUUCCGACAAACACGGUCAAGACUCAAGAACAACACAUUUUCAUUGCCGUUUGAUUCGUCUUCCUCCUGCAACGACAUGAAGCUCCCACGCUGUCCAUUUAUGCCUGAAUUCUCUUCCUACUUCCUUCAGUUCAAGAACCACUGUAUUUCUAAGGCGCCACCUGCAUUCUGCUCUGCCCAUGCAUGAUGAUUUUUCUUCUUCUAUUUCUUUCUCUUAUUUCUGAGAGGACCAGGAGCUUUAACUAUGAUGUACUGCUUGGCUGUUUCCUGUUUUAGUUUCUCAUUGCGGCUGCUUCCUUCCUAGCAGCCAGCUUUCAGACUCCUUUUCAUUCCAGUCUCGUAAGACAAAAUUUCGUAUUCAGUUAUGUAAGAUCUAAUUUUUGACGUUUCACCUUUCAUUUCCA